AUGCCCCUCCAACCUCACACCUACUCAGAUGAAGCCAAAAUGGCUACUCAGAACGACCAACUCCCUUCGCUUCCCCCCGAGCUGUGGCAAUCGAUUUUAUCGCACUUGUCGAACAGCGACAUCAAGUCUCUACGCCUCACAUGUAGACGCUUUGGCGAUUCGAGUCUCCGCAUCAAGCGAGUCUUCCUAUCCGCUAACCCAUUAAAUAUUGAAGUCUUCCGCGCAAUUGCGGACCACAAGACGUUCCGCCACGAUGUGACUGAAAUUGUCUGGGAUGAUGCUCGCUUUAUCGACGUCCUAGAACGAAGCGUUUCGGAAUAUGAUAUGGGCGAGGACGAGGAUGAGGGAUGCCCUAUUUGGUUUGUGAAGGCAUGCAAGGAAAACCUCGAACAGCUGGAAGAACGCAAGUAUGGCGAUGUGGAUCGCCCGGAUCACAUCGCGCGAGCAGAACAGGUUGCUGUGCAGCCUUCUCUACGAAAGUGCUGGGAGCAUCACCAGUAUCUGUUACAGCAGCAAGAAUAUGUACUAGCCGCUGAGAGCGAUAAGGACGUCUUCUUAUACGGAUUGAAGCGGUUCCCUGCACUCAAAAGAAUCACCAUCACGCCAACAGCGCACGGUUGGCUUUUUGCCCCAUUAUAUCAGACCCCGAUGAUUCGUGCAUUUCCUAAAGGAUUCAACUACCCAAUCCCGCGUGGGUGGCCGACCGCGGGGGAUCACCUGGCUCCGGCUCCGCCGUUCGCUACGCCGUGGCAAGCUCUCGAUGAAAUAGAAAAAGACAAAUAUCGCGGUUUUCGCAUCGUGACACGCGUUCUCGCGACAGAAGAACAUAAUGUCUCCGAACUGAUCAUGAAUGCCAACCAACUCGCCACUGGACUCGACUGCACGAUAUUUGAUAGCUCAUGCGAGGAAUAUGAAAAUUUGCUACGGUGCUCAAACACCCUGGUUUCUAAUAUGCAACAUAUUAGAGUGUACGCCACGCCCAUCUCCGAUCCUACUCAUGACGGCGCCGAAGACUCAAGUGCCGGAUCACUUCGUCACUUCAUUCCACUACAGACCAUCUUUCCUAUUGACAAAUGGCCAAAGCUUCGCUAUUUCGGACUGUCCCGUUUCCUGGUGUCACAAUCCGACAUCAUCUCCUUGCUUUCCGCAUUACCAGAGACCCUACGCUCCGUUGAACUGAGUUUUCUUAGAUUCGUCGAUGACGGCGGCAAUUGGCGCGAUCUCCUCACAGAGAUGCGCACUCAGAUACGCGAGAAUCGCCUCUGGCCGGACCGGGAUACGACGUCAAAACCCAGGAUCACGAUUGGGGUGAGUCCCAUUCAUUCCCGUGCUGGAUUUGGUAUUUGGCUUGAACAAGAGGUGCGCGACUUCCUUUACGGAGAGGGGGAGCACCCAUUUGACCGCGUCAAUCUUCCAAAGUGGGGAAUGGGAACUGUGCGCGAUACAUUUGAGCCCAAUCAUGAGCGGCCGUAUGUCCGUCGUGGUGUUUUAAGACAGUUGGGCUAUCUUAAGCCGAAUCAGUGA